AUGCACACUUUGAAAGUGCCCUUCAUCGUCUCUCCAGCCUCAGCCUCGUCCCCCUCCUCCUCCACCUCUGCGUCAAGCCGGCUGGAGGGUCUGGGCAGCACAGCCAGAGCAACCCCUGCUUUGGCAGCGACUGCUAAUAUUGGCCCGGCCAGCGGAUCAUCAGCCGGGCAGUUUCGGCAGAAAGCCUGGAGCACCAGCGACUCCCCAGUCCUCUUUAUUCACCGCCCGGGAGCUUCGGGGACUACGCAGCGACUAGAGUACAGUGCUUUAAGAAAGGGAGAGCUGGGCAGCCAGAGGGACCGGAAGGGGAGCCACCGCCCAAACCCUGACAAGGGGCCGAAGAGUCACCACUGAGCUUGAGGAAGAGGAGGUGAACUCCGGCUCCCAGCCCCAAGGCCCCACAUCUCCUCCGGGUCAG